ACGCCGAUGCCGAAGGAGGAGAAUGGAAAAAUGGGUAAGGAAGGAGGGUUGGAAGAGAAUAAUAUAGACGAGGAAGAGUUGUCGCCGAUCGAACAAGUACGGCUGACGGUGAGCAACACCGACGAUCCAUCCCUUCCAGUAUGGACCUUCCGUAUGUGGUUUCUGGGUUUGAUAUCCUGUGCUUUUCUGUCGUUCCUGAACCAGUUCUUCUCAUACCGGACAGAACCCCUCAUCAUAACCCAGCUCACGGUUCAAGUUGGGACUCUUCCCAUCGGCCAUCUCAUGGCUUCUAUUCUUCCCCGUUCCAAAUUCCGACUUCCUGGGUUUGGUUCGAGGGAAUUCUCUUUUAAUCCGGGGCCCUUCAACAUGAAGGAGCAUGUGCUCAUCACCAUAUUCGCUAGCGCUGGUUGUGCUUUCGGCAAUGGAACUGCUUACGCCGUCGGCAUCGUUAACAUUGUCAAGGCUUUCUAUCAUAGGAAGAUCUCCUUCAUCGCCGCCUGGUUACUCGUUGUUACAACUCAGGUACUAGGAUACGGUUGGGCGGGGCUAGUAAGAAAGUACGUGAUUGAUCCGGGCCAUAUGUGGUGGCCCGGUACUCUUGUACAGGUUUCUCUCUUCCGGGCUCUGCAUGAGAAAGAAAAGGUACGGAAUACAAGGGCAAGGUUCUUCCUGAUUGCAUUCAUGUGCAGCUUCAUCUGGUACGUCGUCCCUGGAUUUCUGUUCCCGACAUUGACAAGCAUCUCAUGGGUUUGCUGGGUAUUUAAAAAAUCCGUCACCGCACAGCAACUUGGUUCAGGCAUGAGUGGGUUAGGACUUGGGGCGUUUACAUUGGACUGGGCCGGCGUCGCUUCUUUCUUCUAUAGCCCUCUAGUUAGUCCUUUCUUUACCAUCGUUAACAUCUUCUUCGGCUACGCCUUGUUCGUCUACAUAGCCGUGCCCAUAGCUUAUUGGGGUUUUGACUUGUUUAACGCCCAAAGAUUCCCCAUAUUCUCUUCUCAUUUGUUUACAUCCAAUGGGGAACGAUAUAACAUAUCAGCCAUUGUUAACGACAAGUUCGAGAUUGAUAUCCCAGCAUAUGAGAAGCAAGGACGGAUCAAUCUCCCCAUGUGGUUUGCUCUAUCUUAUGGUUUUGGUUUCGCCACCAUCGCUUCCACCCUUACUCAUGUGGCCUUGUUUAACGGAAGGGAGAUCUAUCAACGAUACCGUGCUUCUAAUGCGGGGAAGAUGGACAUCCAUACUAGAUUGAUGAGGAAGUACGAAGACAUACCCCAAUGGUGGUUUUAUGUGCUGCUUAUAGUAACUAUGGUGGUCUCUCUUGUGCUUUGUACCGUGCUGGUUGAUCAAGUUCAAAUGCCGUGGUGGGGUCUCCUCUUUGCUUCUGGCUUUGCCAUAAUAUUCACCCUUCCCAUCAGCAUCAUAACAGCCACUACUAAUGUGUCACCGGGGCUUAACGUCAUCACAGAGUAUGUAAUGGGUGUUAUCUUACCAGGAAGACCAAUUGCCAAUGUCUGUUUUAAAACAUAUGCAUAUUUGAGCAUGGGACAAGCCAUCUCCUUCCUAAGUGACUUCAAAUUAGGCCACUACAUGAAGGUACCUCCAAGAUCGAUGUUUUUAGUUCAGUUCAUUAGUACUAUAGUUGCCGGCACGGUCAACUUGAGGGUGGCAUGGUGGCUUCUGGAUUCUGUCCAUAACAUGUGUAACGAUGACCUGCUACCUCCCAACAGUCCUUGGACAUGCCCAAACGACCGUGUCUUCUUCGAUGCUUCAGUCAUCUGGGGUUUGGUCGGACCCAAAAGGAUUUUUGGUAGUCUUGGAAACUAUGGUGAACUCAAUUGGUUCUUCCUUGGAGGGUUCAUUGGUCCAGUUUUGGUUUGGUUUCUACACAAGGCAUUCCCUAAGCAGUCUUGGAUACGUUUAAUCAACCUUCCAGUCCUCCUUGGAGCAACCGCUAUGAUGCCACCAGCUACGGCAUUGAACUACAAUUGCUGGAUUAUAGUGGGAACCUUCUUCAAUUUCUUCAUUUUCCGGUACCGGAAACGAUGGUGGCAAAGAUAUAACUAUGUUCUGUCGGCGGCUCUAGAUUGCGGGUUGGCUUGCAUGGCUGUGGUUUUGUAUUUCACAUUGAAUAUGGAGAAUAGAACAAUCACUUGGUGGGGUUCGGAAGGAGAUCACUGUGAUUUGGCUACUUGCCCCACCGCCAAGGGUGUGGUGGUUGAUGGCUGUCCUGCCUUCUGAACUAUUAAUUUAACCAAACCAAAAAUUCUGC